UCAUGAAUUUGCAAAUAAUACAAAUAAAAUUAGCAUCACACAAUGCGUUAAAAUGUAAUGUUUGUAAAGAUACCCAUAUGAUUAAUAGACCCUUUUCACGACGAGGUAUUUUUUUACCGUAACACCGGCUGGCGGCCAUCUUGGGGGUACAUGUAUUCUCAGUUAAAUUAAAUAUAGCGGAUGACUCAUAUCAACAGCAUGAUUUAUGAAGCGUAAAUGGCUCUAAAAAUAGCAAGUAAACACUACAGAGAUAAAUUAAUUCCCAUUGUUCAGGCAAGAUACGACGAAAAGCUGAAGUUAAUAUCAGAGAAUGAUCCAUUUGAACUGAAAAACCUCUCAAAUGAUGUUGAACUGCUGCCUGCGUUGUCGUAUCCAGAUAUUGUGUUUUAUUUAUUGUUUACUCCGAGUGUGUACACGCAUGAUGAUUUGAAGAAUUAUAAAAGUUUAGAUGCAGUGAAUCAGGUUGAAUGUGGAUGGGUGUCGGACGUAAAAUCCGUGGUGAUUGACAAGAAACAUGUGGUUAGAGGAAGGGUGCUCCACUCACAGCGUUUACGUGACAAAGCCCUAACCCCAUGGUUCAUCGCGGAGAAGAAUGGUGCAGUCUUGGCCAGCCACUGCGACUGCAUGGCAGGCUGUGGCGAAACAUGUACGCAUGUAGCAGCGUUGAUGUUCUGGGUAUCCGCAACCGUCAAGAUGCGUGAUGAGCGUACUGUAACACAGAAAGCUGCCUACUGGAAGCCCCCACCUAACCUUAAAAACGUCCAAUACAAAGAAACCAGUCGAAUUGACUUCACCAGUAAAAAAAACUUGAAAAGGAAAUUCAAUGACAUGUUGGCGGGCACACCGACUGUCACCCAGCCAGUAAGUGCAAGGAAGCCAAAGAAAAAAAUUCCAGCGCCAACAACUGAAGAACUUAAUGAUUUUUUCAGUGCGUUAAAACUCUCCGGAAAAAAAACAGCAGUGUUGUCACUUGUGCCAGGCUUUUCAGAUGACUAUGUGCCUGUUGUAAAAAAAGUUCACCUCCCAAAACUGUUGAAUGGACUUCGUAACAAAGAUUGGGAUCACUUAUACGAUGAGGAAAUUAGGGAUAAAUGUUGCUCAAUUUUCCCAACUAUAUGUGUAACCGAUGAAGAAGUCAUUAACUGCGAAAAACUAACGAAAGAACAAUCAAAUUCUAAGCUUUGGUUUGAUCUGAGAGCUGGUCGCAUAACAGCAUCUAACAUGAAAGCUGUGUGCAGAACUGAUGAGUCAAAUCCAUCAAAAAGUCUCAUAAAGAAAAUCUGUUACCCUCAUGACAAAUUCAGCAACAAUGCCACAAAAUGGGGAACCCAGAAUGAGAAAAAAGCAACCAGACAGUGUUGUGAAGUAUUGAGCACAUCACACUCUAAUCUUCGCGUGGAAAUGAGCGGCCUUCAUAUUUCAGAAACCCUGUCAUUCAUUGCAGCUUCUCCAGAUGGAUUUGUUCAUUGUGACUGCUGCGGGGUAAGCUGUCUUGAAGUGAAAUGUCCUUACACUAAAAAGGGUAUGAUGAUUGAUGAUUCUGUGCCAUGCUUACAGAAGAAUUCGAAUGGAGAACUGUGUUUGGAUAUUGACCAUGAAUAUUAUUACCAGGUUCAAACACAAAUGGGAGUAACUGGUCUCGAGUCAUGUUUUUUUGUUGUGUGGACGGAUAAAGACAUGUUCAUUGAACUGAUAUCAUUUGAUGUCAAAUUCUGGAAUGAGGCAACAAUUAAAGCAGAAAAACUGUUCAAGUAUGCGAUAUUGCCAGAGUUGGUAGGGAAAAUAUAUACGAGACUUCCAACGCCAAGUGAUCCUCAUGACACCCUCACUACAAAAGCCAAUGCUUUGUGUGUCAGUAGUGCCAACAACAAUAUGAUGGCAACUGAUGAUAAUGUUGACCCGCCUGCUGAGUGUUACUGCUUGUGCAAUGGACCAGAGGAGGGAAGAAUGAUCUGCUGUGACAAUGAAAAUUGUGAUAUUGGGUGGUAUCACUUCACAUGUCUGAAGAUGAUCAAACGUCCAAAAACCAAAUUAUGGUUUUGCCCUUCAUGUCAGGAUUAGUUGAACUUUGGGAACACAAAUGUUAACUCUAGUGGCUUUUAUAAGUAUUGUUUAGUAUUGAAACUCAUUAUGAAAACUCCUUACAUGUGUUUCAGUACCUAAAUCUUAAAUGCUACAACAGUUAUUCAAUGAAUGUUGUGUACAUUAAAUCUGUAUGUGUUGUUUGAAAUCAAAACAGAUUUUAUGAAAUAUUGUUUUCAGGGCUUAGAAAGGUGGAUUGAUUUGUUAAAUGUAUUUUGCACAUUCUUCAUGAUUGUGUUUUCUGCAUUCAUUAUUUCUAAUAAAAUUUGUCGUGUUCUGAGAAAACUGGGCAUAAUGCUUGUGCGUAAAUUGUCAUCCCAGAUUAACCUGUGCAGUCCGCACAGGCUAAUCAGGGACAACACUUUCCGCUUUUAUGACAUUUUUUGUUUAAAUGAAGUCUCUUCUUAGCAAAAAUCCAAUUAAGGCGGAAAGUGUCGUCCCCGAUUAGCCUGUGUGGACUGCACAGGCUAAUCUGGGACGACACUUUACGCACAUGCAUUAUGCCCAGUUUUCUCAGAACACUACACAAAUAGUUGUUUAA